AUGCAAAUUCCAGAAGGGAACCGUCGCCUCAACGAUCUUCGAGAGGAAAGGGGAACAACAAGCACAACCGAAGCGCAUACCACUUAUGCAACCACCAUAACAACACCUCAACCAACGAACAUUUCUUCCGCUAUUGAAAACGACGAUGAGGAACCACCAACAACAACCAACCAGCCAAAACCACGGGACAAACAUCGCGGCGGUGCGCCAAAAUGCUCACCCAACCACAGAUAUGAGAAGGAAUCCGGAUUUGUUGGGAUGAGUCUCCCUGAUGAGUCAUAUGAAGUGGACAUGCCACAAGAAAGACAAUUAGCCAAUGUUGAAGAUAGACAUAAUGUGCCAAUUGUAGUUGACUACACAGAACACUUUACCACAUACAGGGUUUUUGCUACUCGGGAGGAGCUUUUGAAUUGGGCUAAGAAUGUAGGAAAGCAACUAGGCUUUGUGAUCAUUAUUAGAAGGUCUGAUUGUGGGAGCAAGGGCCGUGGGAGUAAAGGCAGGCAGUUCGCUAUUUUGGUCUGCGAGAUGAGCGACAAGUACAAAACGUACAAGUCUGUGUUGGUGCGGAAGGGGACAGGAACCAAGAAAUGUGAUUGUCCGUUCAAGCUCAAGGCGAGAUACACAUCAAAAGAUGAUUUGUGGAGGUUGACUGUAGUACGUGGCAACCACAACCAUCAGCCAGCCGAGACUUUGGUUGGCCAUGCCUAUGCCGGUCGCCUUACAAGUCAAGAAAAGGAUAUGGUUGGUAAAAUGGUUGACAAUAGAGUGAAGCCAGGUAACAUGUUGCUGGCAUUGAAGGAUGUCAACCCUCAGAAUGUGACUACCAUAAGGCAAGUGUACAAUGAGCGGAUGACACACAUUAGGGCCAAGAGUGGACAAUUGUCAGAGAUGCAGCACUUGAUGAGGUUGUUGGAGGAAGACAGGUACACGCACUGGUCCAGAACUGAAGAGGGUUCCACGGUGAUCCGGUCCUUAUUCUGGGCCCAUCCAGUUUCCAUCCAACUAUUCAACCAAUUUCCUACUGUUGUCUUGCUUGAUAGCACGUACAAGACCAACAAGUAUAUGAUACCAUUGUUGGAGAUGGUUGGCAUGACAUCAGUUGGAUUCACAGACACAAUCGGUUUUGGCUACAUGUGCAAUGAACGUGAACCUGAAGUUACAUGGGCACUUGAAAAACUAAGGGGGUUGCUACUUAGAGAAGAGGAUAUGCCUAAAGUCAUGGUUACUGACAAAGACUCUGCUUUGAUGAACGCAGUUACAACCACAUUCCCUACAGCAGCUCACAUGCUAUGCCAAUUCCAUAUUGCUAAGUGUGUGAAGGCAAAGUGCAAGCUCACUAUCCAAGAUAAGGUGAUGUGGGAUGAUGUCGGGGACGCAUGGAAUAGAGUCAUGUAUGCCGAGUCAGCGGAGGAGUUUAAUGCAGACAUGGACUUCUUACGUUUACUUGUUGGGGAGCACUUUGACGCAUGGAAUAUAGUCAUGUAUGCCGAGUCAGCGGAGGAGUUUAAUGCAGGCAUGGACUUCUUACGUUCACUUGUUGGGGAGCACUCUGACCUUUUGAAUUACAUUAAGCACGCUGCUUUUCAGGCAAGUAUCUUCAUCAAAGAGCAUACGUUUAAAGACAAGUUGUACGACAACCUGCGUGGUGUAGUCUCAAGAUAUGCCUUCAAGUUGAUCGCAAAGGAGAAAACGCGCAUUGGAAAAUGCGGCUGCACUAUCAGGAGGACACACGGCCUGUCUUGUUCAUGUCGCCUUGGUAUGAUGACCACUAUUCCAUUGACAACAGUGGACCAACAUUGGAGGAGGCUUACAUCAACAUCUGCACCUGAUGAAUCCCAACCUGUUUUGGGAUUGAGCAUUGCGACAGAGUUAGAGGUCAUUGCAAAGAUGUUUGAAGAAGUUAAUGUUUCGAGAAGACAAACUAUCAAAGAAAGGCUUCGGGAGAUUGCAUACCCGGAUCAGACUUCUAUGUGUCCUCCUCCAAACAAGUUGCCUACAAGGGGUCGGCCCAAUGAACCUAAGGGUUCUACCAGACGCAUUCCUUGUUCUUGGGAGAAUGUUGAUGCAUUACAUGGGUCAAAGCAAGCUAACAACUCAUCAGCUCCACAAGGCAAGGGGCGUAAGACCCGGUCAACAAAACGGAAGAGCAUUCCUUCGAAGCAAUCUGUACCUAAGAAGAGAAGCAAGAGGAUAACAAGCAAGUCAGCUCAGCUCCCGCCACAGAACCCGAAAGGUAAAGUUUACUCGGCCAACUACACCCAUGAAGUGCCCGAAUUCCUCCGUGAAUAUGUCAUUGACAUUCACAAUGUUGAAGAUGAUGACAAUUGUGGAUAUAGAUGCUUUUCUUCCUUGAUGGGUAAGGGAGAAUAA